AUGACCCUCUCUGGCAUCAAAGACCCCGCCGUCCCCUUCGGCAGCUUGAUCGUCAUUUCUGGCGUUAGCGGCUUCAUCGGCUCCCAUGUCGCCGACCAAACUCUUGCCGCAGGCUACAGGGUUCGCGGGACCACAAGAAGUUUGCUGAGAAGUGCGUGGGUGGAAGAUUUCUUCAGGAGCAAGUAUGGUCCGGAUAGCUUUGAGCUGGUCGAAGUGCCAGACAUGGCCCUUGAGGCUGCUUUUGAUGCGGCCACGUCUAACGCCGCUGGCUUUAUUCACGUUGCAAACGACAUGACCGGCUCUACUAACCCCCAGUCCGCGAUAGCCAGAGCAGUAGACGGUGCCCUCAACGCGGUGAAAGCGUCGGCGAAAGAGCCCAACAUGAAGCGAUUCGUGUACACCUCGUCCUCAUUUGCAGCAGCUCUGCCCAGGCCAGGAGAGGCGUUCACCAUCAAGGCCGAUACUUUCUACGAAGAGGCGGUCGAAGGCGCCUGGAAGCCCAAUCCUCAUCCGCAUACCGUCUACUCUGCUAGCAAAAUCGCAGCCGAACGUGCAAUCUCCGAGUGGGUUGACAAUAACAAGCCAUCAUUUGUUGUUAACUUUAUCCUUCCCAACGCCAACAUUGGCCCAUUGAUCAGCUCUUCCAACCAAGGAUAUCCGACAUCAGCGCGCUGGGUCAAGGCUCUUUGGGACUCAGACUAUGAUUCGCUAAAGAACGCUCCGCCGCAGCACUAUGUCAAUGUGCAGGAUGAUGCAAAGCUCCAUGUCAUCGCCUUGAGCCACCCAGCAGUGCAGCGAGAACGCAUCUUUGCGAUGGCCGGGCCUGUCAGCCUCAAUGACAUCGUCCAUAUUCUCCGUAAGCUGUAUCCAAACAAGGAGUGGAAGAAUUUGCCGGAUGAGGGGGAAGAUUUGAGUGUUGUUGAGCCAAUUCGAAGAGCUGAAGAAUUAUUGAUGGAGGCCUAUGGGGCUGGUUUUAUCAGCCUGGAAGAGAGUGUCAAGGGGAAUGCUGCAGAUCUAGGAUCUUGA